CUAUUGGCAGUGGCGUCGGCAAUAGUUUCGGCACGAUCGAGGGCAUCGAGGCUGAGUUUCUCAGUGCACGACUGCACGCUCUCACGCGUUGCUUAGGUUAGAGUACGGAUUUGAUAUAACGGUAUCGUCUCCAAGAAUUCUAUUCGAUGGUGAUUCUGCGCAUCGCGCGGCAAAAUUUUACGUUCACCGCGGUUCAGCGUUUAUUAAUUCCUUCUCAUUAUUGAAAUUCAUCUUUGUGGCUUUACCACAAGCUGUCAUCACUAAUUGAUUCACGUGCAUGUUCUCUGCAUCUCUCAUUCGCUCAACGCUCUCUUAAAAUAAUAUGUAUGUAUCUAUAGGUAUUUGUAACGGAAUAAAAAUGACACGAACAAGAUUUUAUUUUUCUGGAAAUACUUGAUAAGUACGUAUAUAUAAUAGGAUUCUCCUGGAGGUUUUUCCUGAAAAUAAUGACAGAUUGUUUAAUCUUUACCACGUCCUCCGAUAUAGCACUCGCGGCCGCAAAAAUCAGUAAAAAGAUAUACCUAUACGUCGUUAUUCCUUUUACAAUUUUUUUCUUUUGAUAUCCGUUAUUUUUACUAAUAUUAUUACAUCACAUAUGUUUUUACCAUGUAUAUUUCAGCUACUCGCUGCGUGUCAAGAAGAGAGAUUCACAAAAUAUUCAUAUUAUUAUUGCAUCUAUUUUUGAAUAAAGAGAAGAUAUAAUCACGACUUGGUUAUCACUAGUCUUAGUACAAACAUGGACAAAGUAUUGUGCCCGAUAUGUGCCAAGGAAUACGCUUCCUCUGUCAUCGAGUCUCAUGCCAGCAAGUGCUUAUUCUUGAAUGAACCUACGAAAGAUGAAAGCACAAUGUUACUUAAAGAAUCCAGUCCCAUGAAUAAGAGAAGCAAACUGAAGCCAGCAAGUGUGACAAAAAUUAAUCAAGCGCCCGUUAAGAGAAAGAGUUCUUUGGAUCAGUUUCCUUCCCAAAGUUUCAGGGACGAAGAAGAUGUUAAAAAUGACGUGCUCUCUCCACAGAAAAGUACAUCAGAAAAGGAAUGUAAGAAGAUGCGCGGAAACAAACAUGUACCGCUCGCAGAACAAAUGAGACCUACAUCGCUAUUAAACUUUGUAGGCCAGAGACAUAUCCUUGGACCUCGUACUAUGCUUUCUGAACUCCUGCAAAAAGGCGAAAUACCUAACAUGAUUCUCUGGGGUCCGCCUGGAUGUGGCAAGACAUCUUUGGCUAAUGUCAUCGCGCACAUGUGCAAGAAUGACACGAGUCAUAAGCUACGAUAUGUUAAGCUCUCCGCUGCAAUGGCCGGUGUCCAGGAAGUGAAGGAAGUCAUCGGUAUCGCCAGUAAUCAUGCCAAGUAUGCGCAGCGUACGAUAGUGUUCAUGGACGAGAUACAUAGGUUCAACAAAAUGCAGCAGGAUGUGUUUCUACCGCAUGUCGAAUCAGGAACUAUUACUCUGAUCGGGGCGACCACGGAAAAUCCUUCGUUCAGUUUAAACUCCGCAUUGCUAAGUCGAUGCAGAGUGAUUGUUUUACAAAAAUUAUCUAUCGCGAAUUUACUAUCGAUUUUGAAGCGUGCGGUAAUUUCGCUGGGAGGUAUAAUACAUGCAUUGGAUAAAAGUGAAAACACUUUGCAAGAAAUCAGCGAAGCCGAAGGAAAUACACUAGAGAAAGUCAAAGUCGUCGAGAUGGAACCGUCCUGCAAUACGAAAUUCAUUAUAGACGAACCGACGAUAGAAUGGUUGGCUGGGACUUGCGAUGGUGAUGCUCGAAUAGCGCUGGGAGGACUAGAAAUGGCAGUACGAUGUAAAGCACCGAAUGAGGAGAAAUUGCUCAACAUUGGUCCAGUUAUAAUAACGCUCAAUGAUAUCAAGGAAAGCCUGAAGAAAACGCACAUGUUAUACGACAAGAAGGGUGAUCAACAUUACGAUAUGAUUUCUGCGUUGCACAAGUCUGUUAGAGCCAGCGACGAAAAUGCUUCGCUUUAUUGGUUGACGAGAAUGAUCGCUGGCGGCGAGGAUCCGGUUUAUAUCGCGCGAAGAUUAGUGAGGAUGGCUAGCGAAGAUAUCGGUUUAGCUGACCCGAAAGCUCUUGGAAUAGCGGUACACACAAUGCAUGGCUGCAAAAUGAUUGGAAUGCCGGAGUGUGAUGUUCUUUUGGCACAAUGUACAAUAUAUUUAGCGAAAGCACCAAAAUCCAGACUAAUGGAAGAUGCACUUAGAGCUGCGCAAAGAAUGGUAGCAGAGCAUAAGGGCCCGCAGCCAGGAGUGCCCCUGCACUUGAGGAACGCCCCCACAAGACUCAUGAAAGAUUUGGGUAAACAUUUUAUCUUCCAUAGUCCUCAAUUUGCUCUUACUGUUAGUAAAUCGACUUAUUAUUUCAGGAUAUGGUAA